GGAAGACCGGAUGGACCGUCAGAUGCUCUGGAAUGUUGAUCACAAAUGAAGGGCCAUCGGGCUCAUCGCCCGUGGCUGCUGUCCAGCCACGAAGCAACAACAAGUCCCGCAACAAUGGGAAGGCGAAAUCCGCAUCGCAGGCCGGAAAUGGACAGCCAGUACAAGUUCCAUGGGUCAAGUUCGGCUUGACCGAGGCGGAGUACAAAGUCUGCGGCCGCUACGGCAGCUGCUAUUGGUGCAACAGCACCAAGCACAAGACCUCCCUGUGCCAGGAUCAGGACAAGGAGGAUGUGCGACCCCGCCUCAGCUCGGGAAACUGAGCUCCGUGGAAGGUGAGGCGACUCCACCUUCCACUCCGCCAGAUUCGGCCGCCUUGCUAGCAGCCUCCUGCACAUAUGGGAAGGACGCGAAUGUCGCAAGUUCUCGUUACUCUUACGAGGACUAUGCUGUCUACUUCGUUCCACCGCUGGACCAGCCGCUCCACGUGCAACAGUCCACCGCAUGCACGGUUUCAUCACCAUCGGCAACCGAUUGGGCACCUUCGCCGCAAUCUAUCGUCAGGGAUUCGACGUCAUGGUCAAGACUUGAUGAGCUCGACCCGUUGACGUUCACGGACUUUCAGUGGAUGCCUGUUCCCUCGACCGGACGAUUGCCGAAACCGCAUUGCAAUGUGCUCAUGGCACAACUGCGGGACUACUUGCACACUGCAGUACCAGCUCCGUUGAUGGACGGCGGAGUAGAGGUUGUCAACCUUCACGAGUACAUCGCGAAGAUUGACCGCGAGUUCAAGACGCAACGGUACGACGACAUCGAUGCACCAUUGCUAUACAUACGCAUUCACAUCGGAGAGGCGACCUGCAGUGCCUUAAUCGAUUGCGGAGCAUCUCGCAACUACAUCAGCCAGGACUUCAUGGUGCGCGCCGGCCUUGGCCCAUGUGUCCGGAGGAAGUCCCAGCCUACACAAGUCACUCUGGCAGACGGUCAUACGCACAAGUCAAUCAACCGGUGCAUUGACGCAAGUGAGGCGGUGUCCUUUGACAUUCUGGACACCAAAUUUAACAUGAUCUCGGGCAUGUCAUGGCUGCGAAGCGAGGAUCACCCGGUGAACUUCUUCAACCGCACCGUUCACAUUCGUGAUCGGAACGGAGUACUAGUUCCAUGCACGGUGCCUCUUCCUCAUCCUUCUAUCAACUUCCACGUGGUAUCCGCCGCAAGCAUGCGAGCAUCCAUCAUCAGAGACGACAUCGAGGAGAUGGGGGUAUGUUUUCYCCACGCCCUCCCGCCCCGAGACGCUUCAUCGACGGACUCAUYUUCGGAUCCACGCAUCACCGAGCUUCUCGACGCUUACAGCGACGUGUUCGAAGGCCCGCACGGAGUAGUACCGGAUCGGCCCAUCCGCCACGAGAUCAUCCUCGAGGACGGGGCCGUACCUCCGCGCGGCUGCAUCUACCAAAUGAGCAAGGAAGAGUUAAGUGUGCUCCGUGCACAACUCGACGAUCUUCUAGUGAAAGGUUGGAUUCGGCCUAACUCAUCGCCAUACGAUGCUCCUGUCCUCUUCGUCCGGAGGAAGAACAAGGACCUGCGGUUGUGCAUCGAUUAUCGCAAGCUCAACGCGCGGACGAUCAGGAACGCCGGCCCUCUCCCACGCAUCGACGACCUUCUCAAGCGAUUGGGCGGCGCCCAGUUCUUCUCUAAGCUGGAUCUCAAGUCAGGGUACCACCAACUCGAGAUUCGCAAGGAGGAUCGCUACAAGACCGCGUUUAAGACACGGUAUGGGCAUUUCGAAUGGCUGGUCAUGCCAUUUGGCCUUACGAAUGCCCCAGCCACUUUCCAAGCGGCUAUGACAUCGGAGUUCCGACACAUGCUGGAUCGGUUUGUACUCAUCUACCUCGACGACAUCUUGGUGUAUAGUCGGAGUUUGGACGAGCAUGUGGAACACCUGCGCACCAUUUUGGAGCGGCUACGACAAGCCAAGUACAAAGCAAACCGCGACAAGUGCGAGUUCGCACACCAGGAGCUGGAAUACUUGGGACACUAUGUGACGCCGCAAGGCAUCCGUCCGCUUGCGGACAAGAUCGAGGCCCUAAGAGUAUGGUCCGAGCCCACCAACACCACGAACGUUCGUUCAUUCAUGGGAUUGGCGGGCUACUAUCAGCGAUUCAUCACCGGAUACUCCAGGAUUGUUGCACCUAUGACGAGGUUACAGUCGCCAAAGGUGCCAUUCGUAUUCGAUGAUGCCGCACGCUGGUCAUUCCAAGCACUUAAGACGGCUAUGCUCAUGGCACCCGUCCUUAGCAUCUAUGACCCCACCCUGCCGACGCGAGUGACUACGGACGCUUCCGGCUAUGGCAUUGGGGCAGUCUUGGAACAGCACGGCAGCGACGACUGGCACCCUGUGGAGUAUUUCAGCCACAAAGUGCCUCCCAUCAACUCGCUUGAUGAUGCAAGGAAGGAGUUGCUCGCAUUCGUCAUGGCUCUCAAGCGAUGGCGGCACUUCCUCCUUGGACGUCGUAGGUUCACAUGGGUCACGGACAACAAUCCAUUGACUUACUACAAGACGCAGGAUACGGUGCGCAGCACGAUCGGACGAUGGAUGUACUUCAUCGACCAAUUUGACUUCACACCGAAACAUCUGCCCGGCCUCUCAAAUCGCGCAGCAGAUGCACUCUCGCGAAGACCCGAUCUUUGCGCUAUGACACAUCAUGCCUUCGCAUUCGACGAGGAGCUUCAGCGACACUUCAUCCGGGCAUAUCAAUCUGAUCCGGACUUUGGCACGCUCUAUGCACAGCUAUCUUCGGAUCACCCGCCAGCCAGCCAUUACCGCAUUGCCGACGGGUACUUGCUCCUCCACUCGAGAGGCAAGGACUUACUAUGUGUCCCACGCGACCGUCGUCUUCGGACUCGCCUCCUYGGCRAGUAYCAUGAUUCACGACUCGCCGGCCAUUUYGGAGUCAACCGCACUAUUGCAYGRCUUCGACAGCGAUUCCGAUGGCCCGACCUCAUUACCGAUGUCACUCGGYAUUGCGACUCUUGCGAAGUUUGCCGACGCAGCAAGCCCCGCAACCGCAAUCCCUACGGCGAGUUACACCCGAUGCCUAUCCCACUGGAACCCAGUCUCUCCAUUGCCAUGGACGUCACCGGUUCGUUUCCUCGCGACCGGCUCGGGCACGACGACAUCCUCACGGUUGUGGACCGAUUGAGUAAGUACGCGCGUUUUCUCCCUUGCAAGUACUACUCCACGGCUCCCGAGCUGGCACGCCUCCUGCACACUGGUUGGAUUUGUGGCCACGGUGUACCAAAAGACAUUGUCAGCGACCACGACACUCGUUUCAUGUCGGCGUUUUGGACUGCUCUCAUGCAGGAGUCCGGCACAACAAUGAAACCAAGUUCGGCUCGACAUCCUCAGACAGACGGGCAGACAGAGCGGGCACAUCAAACCGCUCAAAUGAUGCUUCGUACGCUCAUUCGUCCAGACAAGAAAGAUUGGGUUGACCGCCUCCCCGACAUCGAGUUCGCCUACAACACUUCGGUGCACCCGACGAUCGGCGUGACUCCAUUCGAGUUGCACCACGGUGGACGGAAAGGCCGCAUCUUCGUCGACCUUCUCCUCCCUCGACCAGCCGACAUUGACGCCGMUUGCUCCCCCGCUKCCGUUCRGAAGUACAGGGACUUGCUGACUCAAGCCCGCGCAAAUAUGCAAAAGGCUCAAGUUCGCAUGCAGCAGCAAGCCAACAGGCGUCGCGUACCAUGUCCCAUCCGCGCCGGUGAUCUGGUUUGGGUCUCCGCGGAAGAGUUUGCACUGGAACAGAACGUUUCACGCAAACUGCUUCCCACGUGGUUUGAACCUUGGUCUGUGACAGCAGCCGCGGGCGAUGAGCCUGAUGGCCCUUCAUUUGUGAUCAACAUUCCAGAGCAUCUGACGGUCCAUCCGGUCUUCCACGCCUCGAAGCUGGCAACAUACACGCCAGCCAAGAGCGACGACUUUCCGGGCCGACGAUCGCAGGACCCUCCUUGUAUGGAUGGCCAUCACGAAGUUGACCGGGUCAUCACCGAUCGCAAGUACGGCAGCAAGCCGCGGCAGUACAAAAUCACAUUCAAAGCAUGCGAUCGCGACGACACUCGGUGGAUUUCAGGAGCAGAUUUGAAAGCAUCMGCACCGCUGAUCUACGCUCACUAUGAACAUCAAAGGUUAGCCAAGGGACCUCCACGACCUGCCCCUCCCACCUGGACUGUGGUCCCUCCCUCAGACAGACAGCUUCGCCCUCGCAGGUAAGCUCGGUCUUUCAAGGGGGGGGGGUGUGGCAGACUGCGUAGCCACACGGACCCUGUAGGACCCGUCCCGGACAUUCAGCCUUAAAGCCUAAAACUU